GCCCGCCUGGUCAGCUGAUUGAGGCGGUGGAAAGAGACAGAGGAUGAGCAUCGCUAGCAUCCACAAUGAUUACGAUGUCUCAUGGUUUAGGACAGCCGGUAAAAUGAAUCCCACCGAUCUGUAAGACCGAUUAAGCAGUGAAAUCUCUGGUCUGAUAGCAGAGUCUCUCUGUGGAGGAAGGUUUUUCAGCGGAUCUUCGAUCAAACAGCAGAUCUGUCCGCUGCUUCUCCUCCCCUCUGCUCUCUUGGCUUGGGAAAGGCUGUUUUUUUCCUCCAAACGCAACGCCAGAAACGGACGUUGAGAAAGUAUCAGACUUAACCGGAAUCAAUGAGGGAGCCAGAACGGGAGGAGCAACCUGAAGACAACAUGCCCCCAAAGUUUAAGCGACACCUCAAUGACGAUGAGGUCACUGGAUCCAUCCGCAGCGAGAGGAGGAACCUGCUGGAGGAGGACUCUGAUGAGGAGGAAGACUUUUUCCUGAGAGGUCCCACAGGCCCCCGAUUUGGACCUCAGAAUGACAGAGUGAAGCAUGUACAGUCCCAGGUGGACGAGGUGAUCGACGUGAUGCAGGAGAACAUCUCCAAGGUGAUAGAGAGGGGUGAACGUCUGGAAGACCUGCAGGACAAGUCCGAGAGCUUGUCGGACCACGCGUCGGCGUUCAGCAGCCGGGCCAAGCAGCUGCACAGGAGGAUGUGGUGGAGAGACAUGAAGAUGAAGAUGAUUAUUGCGCUGGUAGUCGUUGCUCUGCUGCUGAUCAUUAUCGUCCCAAUAAUCCUUCGAUAUCGUUAGCGACUGAUGAAUUCCAUCUGCAUCCUCCCAUCUGGCACCCAGUCCCAGCGGGCCCCGGGACGCCGUCCACACUGUCUUCAGAGUUCCUUCACCCUCAGGCCUUCUUUUAGCCGUUAGUUCAGAUCUUUCAUCAUAUCUGGAUGUGAGAUCAGUUCUAAGGCUCGGUUUGAUCCCUGCUUGAUGAAGCUAAGAGAAAACAGAAGCAUUGACUUUUUGGCUUGGGUUUAAUAUCUUUAACGUCUCAGAUCAAACCUUCAGCACGGGGAGGAUCCAACAGUCUGUCUUAUUGAUCUCCUGUAAAUCUGCUGCAGCAGCUUCAUAUAGAGGCUGUAACCUCCAGCAGAUGAGCCUCUGGUGUUUUCUCCCCACAUCUGAAUCUCCAUCAUCAACAGGAGCGAUGGUUUAGAGGGAACACCUUUCUAGUAAAAGCACAUUUUUUACAUUCUCUCCCGUUUGAGAAAACAUCAGAGCCUCAUCUGCGUUUUUUUUUCUUUUUGUAUCAUAAGACUUUUUUUU